AUGGGAGCGCGGAUUCCCAGCAGGUGGCCCCUGCGCUCCGCCUGCGUCGACCCGGAAGCUGGAGCCGCCGCCGCUUGUUACCAGGGCAACGGUUUCGGUUCCCAAACAGCGCGCGGGCACUACAGGUUUCGGGGAGGGGAGAGGCCGCCAAAGUCCGUUAGCGGUUGCUCCUCCCCGGGCGGUCUCUUUGAGUGCGAGAGGAUGGAGUCGAUGAGAAAGCCUCCGCAGCUGAAUGCUGCCCAGCUGAAUCAGAAAAAGAUGAGGGAAUUGUAUCACAAAGAUCUCCUCCAAUUGGCACAUGAAAAAAAGGUGGAGAGAAUCAGGCAAUUGGAGGUGAUGUGGGAAGCUGAGGAACGGGUUGAUCAGAAGCGACUCACAAGAUUGCUGAAAGAUGAAGAGUAUGAAAGGCAGAUGGAGGAAGCUAUUCAAAAAGCAGAAGAAAACAAAAAACUGAAAGAGCUGCAGCUGGAGCAGGAAGAAAGACUGGCAACUGAGUUGGCAAGAUUAAACUAUGAAAAACUUAAAGAUGAGAAAAUGAGGCAGCAAAUAAGAGAUAACAGUCUUGAACUUCGAGAAUUAGAGAAGAAACUGAAAUCUGCUUACAUGAAUAAAGAAAGGGCUGCCCAGAUUGCUGAAAAAGAAGCUAUAAGAUAUGAGAAAAUGAAACGUGAUGCUGAAAUAUCACAAAAGAUGAAGGAAGAGCAGGAAAGGGUGAUAAUGGAAGAGAGUUCUGCAGAACUGAGGCGAAAUAAGGAGAAAAUACUUUAUCAGCAAGAACUGGAGAAACAGCUUGAGGAACAAGAAAAAAAGAAGCAGGAUGCUUAUGAGGAGUUCCUAAAAGAAAAACUCAUGAUUGAUGAAAUCGUAAGGAAGAUCUAUGAGGAAGACCAAAUGGAAAGACAGCUCAAGUUAGAGAAAAUGAGAGCAACUCAGAGAUACAUAGAAGAAUUUAAAAAUGAACAGGCUAUUUGGAGGAGAAAGAAGCGUGAAGAAAUGGAAGAAGAAAAUAGGAAAAUCGUGGAGUUUGCCAACAUGCAGCAGGAAAGAGAAGAAGAUCGGAUGGCUAAAGCUCAAGCAAGUGAGGAAAGAAAACAAAAGCUCCAGAACAUGAUUGCGCAGAAUCUGGAAAGAGAGCAACAGGAGCGUGAAGAUCUGGAACAAGUACGACAAGAGCUAUAUCUUGAGGAACAAGCUGAGGCAGAUAGAAAAAGGGAGAUGGCAGAAAUGGAGAAGAGAAUUAGGCAGCGUCUAGAGUUAAGGCAAACAUAUGAAGCACAAUUAGCCUUCAAGAAGAUAGUACUGCAGGCUUUGCAAGAAGAAGAAGAGGCCUUCAGACAGAAGAUGUUAGCCAAGUUUGCAGAGGAUGAUCGCAUUGAACAGAUGAAUGCUCAGAAACGAAGAAUGAAACAGCUUGAGCACAGAAAGGCAGUGGAAAAACUUAUUGAAGAGCGUCACAAACAGUUCCUUGCAGACAAAGAGCGUGAACUUGAAGAAAGGCAAUUGGAAGAGAGACGACAAGGAAAUAUUCAUGCAAUUGUUGAAGAAGAGAGACAGAAACUUCUUAAAGAACAUGCAACUAAAUUAUUGGGGUAUCUUCCUAGAGGAAUACUCAAAGAUGAAGAUGAUGUUAAUAUGCUUGGUGAAGAGUUUAGGAAGGCUUAUCAGAAGAGAAAAGAGGAUGUGUAUUCAGAAGAUAACUGAAAUUCCCCUGAAUUUGUUUUGUUGCAUACCACUAGAUGUCAUCUUAUUUCUACAUGCUGCUGUUAAUAGUGAGAAAUUCCUGUUUAAUGUUAUGAGAAAGGGUCUUGGUUUAGUUCUGAGCUUUUUCUAAAUGGUUACAAGAGCUGCAAUUUUUAAGUCAGUGAUGUAGUUAGUUUGGAUCAAUAAAUUUUGCUAUUACAGUAUGUCUCAAACAGUGCAUGCAUAAUAAAAUGGACUUGCUAAGGGAGUUCACUUUAGAAAGAACAGGAGUACUUUUAGCACCUUAGAGACUAACAAAUUUAUUUGAGCAUAAGCUUUUGUGGGCUACAGCCCACUUCAUCGGAUGCAUAGAAUGGAACAUAUAGUAAGGAAUAUAUCUAUAUAUACAGAGAACAUGAAAAGGUGGGAGUUGCCCUACCAACUUUAAGAGGCUAAUUAAGAUGAGUAAUUAUCAGCAAUAGAAAAAAAACUUUUGAAGUGAUAAUCAAGAUGACCCAUUUCAGACAGUUUGACAAGAAGGUGUGAGAAUACUUAACAUGGAGAAAUAGAUUUAAUGUGUGUAAUGGCUCAGCCAUUCUCAGUCUCUAUUCAAGCCUAAAUUGAUGAUAUCUAGUUUGCAUAUUAAUUCAAGUUCAGCAGCUUCACAUAGGAGUCUGUUUCUGAAGCUUUUCUGUUGCAAGAUUGCCACCUUUAAGUCUGUUACUGAGUGACCAGAGAGGUUGAAGUGUUCUCCUAUUGGUUUUUGAAUGUUAUAAUUACUGAUGUCAGAUUUGUGUCCAUUUAUUCUUUUCAUAGAGACUGUUCGAUUUGGCCAAUGCUGGCACAUAUCACAUUGGUAGAUGUAACACAGCUGCUACUCUGAAACCUGUCACUUUAGAAACUGAUUCAUGGACAGAUGAUAGGAAUUCCAGUUACAUUAGGAAAUGUCUUAGCUUAUGAAAGAGAAUUAUCACAAUCACGGGACAAGGACAACUUUUAUUUCCAAGAGUGCACCUGGGGACAGGCUUCACUACUUUAACUCCUCUCUGUGUGGUACUAUGCAGUCUUGCCUGUAGUUGGGCUUUGUUCACACAGGAAAAUUAAUCUGAAUUAACUAAAGGUGUGAAUUUGAAGUGAUUAGUUAUCCCUUUGUCGACACUCAUUCAGAACGAAAAUGGCCUUAAUUCACUUUGGAACCUGUAAAAUCCUUCUUAUAGCUGCUAAUUAAAGUGAAUCAAAAACAGCUUGUUCAAAACAAAGCAUUGUUUAGUCACGCAAACAUAAACAACACAGAACAAAGGGUUAAAAUAAAAGCUUAUAUGGAUUGGUCUUAA